UCAUGACCACGAAUAUACAUGCCGUAAAAAGCAUAACCACUAUGCAGGACGUACGACGGAAGGGAAAUGUACGCUCGAGGGGUUGCGUACAGGUCGCAUUCAUAACAUCAGACGGAGUAAUAAAAGUCAGCACCCUAUCCCCGUUGCUUUCUACGCCGCCCUCGUUCUGCCUGGAUACCCAGCGGAACGUGAGAGGCGGGGGGAGGAGCGUGGAGAUGCGUAGAUUUAUAUGUUCACCGAAGAAUCCGAUGGAAUUUAGCGACUUAUGGAGCGAAUACUUUGGGAAUAAAGAAAUGUAUACUGUGUGAUUAUGAAGUAGAUGAAGCAUAUGAAACAUUUGUUGUUAAAAUCGUACAUUUUGAGAUAAUAUUCAAUAACUUGCAUUAAUAAUUUGCAAUAAAUUAAUGUACAUGUAAGAAA